CCCGUCUCGGAAACUCUCCGACGCAAGCAAAAGGCGAGGGGGCGGCUAAUUAAAUAUUGAGCUGAAAGUCACGCGGGGAGCGUGUCACGUGGGUGUCGGGGCUCGUCGAGCAUCUGAUAAAUAUCGUGCGCCACCGAGCAGGCAAAAGAGCGCGCUGCGACCUGCUCCUCCAUCUCCGCGGCGACCAGCGUGCAGAGAGAGCGCUAGCACCGGCCGGUGGAACCCGGGGACUGUCCGCCGCCAGCUUCUGGACUCUUGGAAUUUCAACAUGAAAAUCCUCGUGGCCUUAGCCGUCUUUUUUCUCGUCUCCACUCAACUGUUGGCGGAAGAGAUUGGUGCCAACAAUGAUCUCAAUUAUUGGUCCGACUGGUCUGAUAGCGACCAGAUCAAGGAGGAGUUGCCUGAGCCGUUUGAGCACGUCCUGCAGAGAAUCGCCCGGAGACCCAAGUCCCAGCAGUUCUACGGAUUAAUGGGCAAACGGGAUGCCGAUUCUGCAAUUGAAAAACAAGUGGCCCUGUUAAAGGCUCUCUAUGGACAUGGUCAAAUUUCUCAUAAAAGAUAUAAAACAGAUUCCUUUGUUGGACUAAUGGGCAAAAGAGCUUUAAAUUCUGCUGCUUAUGAAAGAAGUGCGAUGCAGAAUUAUGAAAGAAGACGUAAAUAAAAACUACCUACUGUAUUAUUUACUGAGUUUCAUUUGUUUUAAUGCCCAAUGAAAGAUAAAAAUGAGACAUGUACUAUGAGAAAUAAUUAUUUAUUUAAUUAUAAUUGAUGUUUUGAGUUGAUAACUUAAAUUGUUUAUUUUUCAUAUUGUGCAAAUAUGUAUUGUAAAACUGUCAUAAUUCUAAGAAAACAAUUCCUUCAAAAAUAGAAAUCAAUAGUAAUUUGUCAACAAAGCAGCAAUUGAUGAAGUUGUAAAAACCUGUUGCUGAUUUAUUCUCUAAAAAUUAAUCAUUUUUUGUUAUUGAAUCAGUCAUAUCAGCUGUUGAAAGGGAAGGAAUUCACAGAUUAGCUUGUGCUUUUCUAUUUGUUUUCAUGGUGAAAUGUACUGAGAUUUGCUAUUAAACUAGAUUUGUUUUCUUUGCAGCAUGUUUUGCAUUUUGUGACUCUAAGGAUACAUUUUAAAACUUUAAUGUGAUUCUAAAGUCUUCAUUUUACUGUCUAAAGUGUUAUGAUAGUUUGCAUUUUAAAUAAAAGAAAAAUAUAUUGAAAACUGA